AUGGCUUGGAAUGGUUCAUCGCCAUCAUGUACCAGUCGAAUACCGCAGCGAAUCGCUAUUGUCGGUGCCGGCUGGUAUGGUACUCAUCUCGCGCACUCGCUAUCCGCCGAUGGACAUACCGUCGUUCUCAUCGACCAAAACGACCAAAUUCUUUCAGGAAGCUGCUCAGGGUCCUUUGGAAUUCGCCUUCAUCUAGGACCACAUUAUCCCCGUUCUCCCGCAACACGAAGAAGUUGUCAGGAGAGUUUUCACAGGUUUGUGAGGGCAUAUCCCGAGCUCGUGGUAUGGCAUGAACGAUCGAUAUACGGUUAUGGAGCGAUCGACGCGAAAGCUUUCCUUUCCAAGGUAUCGAGAGAGACCUUUGAGCGGGUUUGCCGAGAAACCCCAGAAAGCAGACAGCUGGAUCGAGCAGAGAUGGAAGAGUUUCGAGAUCUGGAGGUUGCGUUUGAUUUACCCGAACCCAGUGUCGCGAUCGGCUCGAUCUUGCGAAGGCACAUGAAGCGUCGACUGGAAGAUGCCGGAGUGUCUGUUCGUCUUGGAGUCGAAAUUCGAGACGUGAAGUACCUCCCCACUGGCAGAAGUGAAGUCGUCUCUGGAGAUGGAUCCUUCGUAGAAACAGCCGAUUGGGUGAUCAAUGCGACAGGAUUCCAAAGCCUGCUCUCUCAAGUCAUGCCUCAGGCAUUAGAGCUUGUGUAUCAAGUAUGCGUUGGCUUUGACUAUGAAGAUACGCAGCCUGGAGACAAGCCUUUCUCAUUCAUCGUCAUGGAUGGAUGGUUUCCGUGUCUGAUGCCUUGCAUUGACGAGGUUCGAGCUCCAAAAGACUAUGUGUUGAUGCAUGGGAGCUACACCAUCUUGGGGUCGUAUGGAGAACCGCAGUCCGCAUGGUCACUACUGGCCAGUCUGAAUUCAGACGAUAAGGUCAUGCCACGGCUGCUGAAAGCGACGGAAAGCGAAAUGGGUCGUUUCUGGCCAGAGUUUGAGAAUCGGUUCCAGUACAAGGGCUGGCAUGGAACUGUUCUGGCGAAGCCUCGCACGCAUUGCGAGUUUCGAUCAAGCCUGGUCUUCGCCAAAGACAAAGUCAUCCAUGUCGUGCCUGGGAAGAUCAGCAAUGUCUUUAAUGCGUACGAUGAGGUUGUGCAGUUGAUGGACGCGGAGCGGAAUCCAUCAAAGGCUCUUCAAGACGAGAAUAGAUUUCAGUAUGCCUGCGGCGGGGCACUUGAUGUCUCCAAGCAUGAAUUAGGAACCCUGAAUGGUAGCAGGAUGACAGACUCCCUGCAAACCUACUACGACUUCAUCGAGACAUGA